CCCAGCCAUGGAAAGAAGGGUUAUCACUCCGUAUCCUGACGCCCCGGACCUCAGUGUGUAUGAGGAUGAGGGUUUGGACUCAGCAUUUAGCCCCAAACCAGAAGCAGAACUGGAUCACUCGUGCAGGGAAAUCCUGUUAAAGAAAGCCAAGAUUAAGGCUAAAAAGAAACCAAGGAGACGCUCUGACAGCUCCGGAGGCUACACCCUCUCUAAUAUCAUCCACAGCCCCCCCGCUGCAGUGGUUUCCCCGUGCCUGGUGAAGUCAGGCAGGGCCAACUCCACAGAUUCCCUGCAGGAGAUGCUCACAUCCGACUCGGAGGGCAGCUACGUGGGGGUGGGUAGCCCCCGAGACAUUCACUCACCAGUCUUCAGGGACAGAACUGAGGAUGAUAAGGCUCUCAGGCUAAAGACCCCACCCAGCACCCCUACCUCCUUGAUGGACAGCCUCCUAACUCCGCCACCCUCUGCUCAGCAAACCAUCCCUAAGGGCCUUCCAUGUCCCACUCGUCCAGCCCUAGUCUUGGAUCUGAGAACCAUCAUGGACAUGCAGGCCAAUUCUGUGCAGCCAUUAGGAGCAACUCCGAAAAGCCCUGGAAGCAGUGUCAUCUCCAGCCUUAAGCACUCUCCGGUUCCUGCUAAACUGUCCCAGAAGCAGAGGAAGAUGUUAGCCAUGGCCUACAAGGAGGCCAGUGUGGAGCCCACCACAUCCCAACCCACCCCCACAGUCACCCCCUCCAAGAGCAGUGUGAAGGCCUGGGCAACAGCAGCCCAGUCUCCACCCUCCUUGUGCUCAUUUCGAGCGUUGCUGGAGGAAGAGCAGAACCGCUUGGUCAGAGUGGGUCAAACAGGAGCCAAGGGAGGCCAAGGGGCCCCCGUCUCCCCCAUCUCCCCCGUCACCGCUGCUCCGCCUGCUACCAGGAGAGUCACGUUCAAAUAGUGCCGGCAGCAGCGAGCCGGAGCGCCCCACGCGGUGAGCAUCCAUACAUUAACACU